CGGGGCUUCUGCGCCUGCGUGGCCGGGGGAAGCAUGCGCAGUGUCGUCCUGAGGCCCCGCGGCGGCAUCGGGAAAGGGGACUUCAAGGUGCGGCGCUUCUCCGGCCAUGGCGAGGCUGGUGGAGCUGCCCUCGCUGGAGGAGCUGGACGUGCCGGAGGUGCCGGUUGGCACCGCGGUCCUAAAGGCGGGUGCCCACCACUAUGGCUCGCAGUGUAACCAGUUCAACAAGGAGUUCAUGCUCUGCCGCUGGGAGGAGAAGGACCCACGGAAGUGCUUGAAGGAAGGCCGGGCUGUGAGCAAGUGCGCCAUGGACUUUUUCAAGCAGAUCAAGUUGCAUUGCGCCGAGCCCUUCAACCAGUACUGGAACUGCCUCGACGAUUCCAACACGUUGAAGCUUUGCCAUUGUCGGAAGCAGCAGCAGCUGUUUGAUGACUGCGUGCUGGACAAGCUGGGCUGGGUGAGGCCAGAGCUGGGUCAGCUGUCAAAGGUCACUAAAGUGAAGACCGACCGUCCCCUCCCCGAGAACCCCUGCCAUUCCCGAACGAGACCACCGUCCAACCCGCCAAUUGAAGGCGAAUACAAGCCUGCGAAAUACGGCACACGAGGUUAUUUCUGGAGUUGGUAGUGGGGCGGGGGGAAUUGGCAGCUCUGCACGUACGCCAGCCAUAGAGGAAAACCGUGAAGGUAUUUUUUUGGGGUGGAUGGUAGAUUACGCUUCGUUGGUGUUGGAUGGAUCUUAUCUGUACUCAGUGGUCAUUAAAUGCAUAUUCUUUGAGAGGUC